UUACCAAGGCAGUGGGCCUAGCGCCUCCCUCGCGCCUUCCAAGGAUUCCACCGAGUCCCUGGUCCAACCAAGACCUCCAGGGGGAAGAGAAGCAGCCGCCGUGUCAGGUUUGCCUCACACCAGCAUGCUUCCCCCACUGUCCACUCUCCCACCGGUGACGUCCUUCCGUGCUGGCCUCGCAUCCCGGCCACCGUGGGUAGGGACGUCUUCCAUUUCAGAACUACAUUCCCUGAGGGCGGCCGCUCUCCUCUCAUCCUCUUCUUCAUUGGCUCCCGACUCACCUCAUUCCAUCAUCUUUUCUAAGCCAGCAGCGCCAUCCACCAGAGUGCCUUUAUACCCCCAAACAGCUCCAACAGACUCCUCCUCAAGUCAGAGUGUAGCUAAACCCCUAAACCCAUUUGCUGAGGAGAUGGACCGCACACCUCCCAAGCAUGCCCAGGGUUUAAUGGGCAUCCCUCGUCUAGGUUUUUCUGGGUCCUCAAGCCCAGCAGAGGGUCCCCACUCAGCGGGCUCCCCCACACCUGUGUUUUUGAGCUCCGCGGCAGCCCUGGCACAUCUGUCUCCCCCUCCCCUGGCACCUGGAGGUCUUCUUCAACUUCCAGGUGGAACAUCCUCACCAUCGAUGUUGGAAGUGGCUCCGCGUCCUGCAUCCAUGCAGCCAGUUGGAGCUAAGGUGGCUGGAAGAGCACAUGAUGGGGUGUCUCUGCCAGCUCAGAGUGCCGUGACCCGUGAGGCUGCCUCUUCACCGGUCCAGACGGCAGAAUCAGUGGCAGGGGGAGUGAUCAGCCAAAGGGCAGCCCCUGCUACUGCAAAGAGGUCUGCCCGCCCCCUGCAUUUGUCAGCAGCUCCAGAGAAUUCCAAAGGGCCUCCCCUUUCAGCAGAACACACAUCUUCCCCUUCGGUGCUUUCUUCUCUGCCUCUCACCACAGCCAGCCGAGGGCAAGAAAUCCUUUCUGGGGCGGUUCUCACAUCCCCACCAAGCAGUGCAACAGCAGACUUCCCCUCCACGCCUGCUCCCCUCCAGCUGGCACGGAAUCAUGCCCCUCCAUCCGCCAUGCCCCCAAGGCCAGCUCCUCAAGAAGCAGGCAGUGAUGGGUCCCCUCCUGUGGCAGCUACAGACUUCCUCCUCUCGAGCACGUUUCCUAAUCUGCCUUCCACGACUUGGACAUUUCCCCUGCAGAAAGAAGAUAGCAUGACAGCUGUUUUAAAGCAAAAUGAAAAGGCAAAUUUGACAGUUGCUCUCCAGAUCCUUCCAAGUAAAGAGAGUCCAAGUCUUCACACUGUAAGUGGAUUCACCUCUGAUUUUAGCACUGAUCGUGUUUCGACAGACAUACCACCAAGAACAAACCUCCUGCCUUCAGAAUUACCUCCAUCUUCCAUUCCCUUUGCACAAGCCACCCAGACUGUUUCCCCAUCUCGUAGAUUUUCCAGCAGCAAGCCAGAGACUCACACAGCUGUGACGGACCAUUCUCAGUUGCCACUUUCAGCUUCCAAACAGGUGACAGCAUUUCCCUCCUCUAGUGAGGUCUAUGAUUUCUCAGCAGUGGGAGACAUGAAGAAGACAGCAAUCACAGAUGUUUCCUGGCGUUCUCCUGCAGCAGAAACUGGAUCCCUUUCCACAGAACCAAUGAUAUCUGGCUUGCUGCAGCAAACAAACUAUGGUGUGAGUGGGCACACAAUUAACUCUACAAGUUGGGAAACUCACUCAGCUUCAACCACUGCUCACGGUGGUUUAAAUUCCGCUGCCAGUACAAUAAAAUCUCAGGAUUUCAAAGAUAAUGUUGGGUAUUUAGCAAGUGCAGAAGGCUUUAGCAUUCAGGAUCCAGUCUCUGGUACGAGCACUAACCAGCCUGUCCAAAAAUCAGACAUUACCAUGGUUGGAAGCCAUGCAGACUUCUUAUCCAUAAACACUAACAACUAUUCCAGAGACUUCCAAACAGCUGAGGUUGAAGACAACCCAUCCAUAAGUCAACAUUCGGUGCCUCAUCCCUAUCUACAGCUGCCUGCCCGCCCAACACACCCUCUUGUGCUGACCUCUCCAAGUCAAACGUCCAUAGCUAGCUUGCGGGAAAUGCUUUCAGCUGGAAUGGAUACAAGUUUCCAAAUUUCUGGCGACAUCUAUCCAUCUCCAGUGAUGAAUGCUUUCCCCCUAUUCCAGAGCAUCCUGAAAUACCACUCUACUGCUGAAUCUCCUCUGUCAACCAGUGCCGUAUCCAGGAUCCCAUCCAAAGCACUGCUGGCGUCUCAGCGCCCCGAGAAAUGGACAGUGGACUCCUCACUGUCGCCCGAGGCGGAACCGACAGCAGCACCAGCAGCAACUGCGCUGUUUCUUCGGAAAUCAAGUCCACUGGUGCUGUCUGCAGCCCUGGUUGCUGAGGGCACUGGCAGCAGCUCUUCAGCCGUGGCCUCGGGAUUAGUCAAGAGCAGCUGGACCACUGCUGUAGCUAAAAACAUGACAAACAGUGCAGCAUCUGGCCCAAAGGUGACACCAGGGGCAGCCCAUCCAGCUUUCUCGUUCACGCCGACCUACAUGUUUGCUAGAACAGCACACAGUCUGAGCACCCACACAGCCAUGCAAGGGAACACGGGGGCGGCCUCUGGCCUGUUGUCCACCACACACCUCCCCAGGAAACCACAAGCCAUGCACUUGGGCUUCCCAAACCCCACCAACCCAGACAUGCCCAAGGUGUCCACCGCACGCCCGCUGACGAUCACGGCAGCCUUGACGUCCGUCACCGCACCAGUAAGGGCCACGCGGAUGCCGCCCUUGUCAGCAGAAAAUACAGAUGCUGCUCUUCCCGCUGUGUCCACUGCCAUGGUCACGACUGGCAAGAUGGUGUCCAACCUGGAGUGUCAGAUGUCCAGUAAACUCCUGGUGAAGACAGUUCUCUUUUUGACUCAAAGGAGAGUGCAGAUCAGUGAAACCUUGAAGUUCAAUGUAGCCAGAGGGCUCACACAGGCGUUGCGGAAGGCGUUCCACCAGAAUGACGUCUCGGCUCAUGUGGACAUUCUGGAACAUUCUCACAACAUCACAGUUGGUUAUUAUGCUACCAAAGGAAGGUUGGUCUACUUGCCUGCUGCUGUGAUUGAAACACUGGGCGUUUAUGGGAUAAGCAACGUCACUGCGGAUCUGAAGCAACACACCCCAAACUUGCAGUCUGUGGCAGUACUUGCCUCUCCGUGGACUCCCCAGCCUGCAGGCUACUUGCAGCUGAAAACAGUGCUACAGUUUGUGAGCCAGUCCGACAACAUACAGUCCUGCAAGUUUGCUCAGACGAUGGAACAGAGGCUACAGAGGGCCUUCCAGGAUGCCGAGAGGAAAGUUUUGAAUACUAAAAGCAACCUGACGAUUCAGAUGGUGAGCACAUCCAACGCCUCCCAGACCGUCACCUUGGUGUACGUGGUGUGCAAUCGAAGCUCCUUCCUCAACGGCACUGUGGCCAGCAGCCUCCUCCGCCAGCUCUCAGCUGAGCUGGUGGGGUUCUACCUCACCUACCCGCCGCUCACCAUCGCCGAACCAUUGGAAUACCCCAACCUUGAUAUAUCAGAAACAACCAGAGACUAUUGGGUAAUUACAGUGCUGCAGGGCGUGGACAAUUCCCUGGUGGGCCUGCACAACCAGAGCUUCGCCCGGGUCAUGGAGCAGCGCCUGGCCCAGCUGUUCAUGAUGUCCCAGCAGCAAAGUCGGCGGUUUAAACGGGCCACCACCCUGGGAAGCUACACCGUGCAGAUGGUAAAGAUGCAGCGGGUGCCAGGACCCAAGGACCCUGCGGAGCUGACUUACUACACCCUGUACAACGGGAAGCCUUUGCUGGGGACCGCAGCUGCCAAGAUCCUGAGCACCAUUGACUCCCAAAGGAUGGCCUUGACCCUGCAUCAUGUUGUCCUUCUGCAAGCUGACCCCGUGGUGAAGAACCCGCCCAACAACCUGUGGAUCAUCGCGGCGGUGCUGGCGCCCAUUGCCGUGGUCACGGUCAUCAUCCUCAUCAUCACUGCCGUGCUCUGCCGGAAGAACAAAAACGACUUCAAGCCAGACACCGUGAUGAACCUGCCGCAGAGGGCCAAGCCUGUGCAGGGCUUUGAUUAUGCCAAGCAGCACCUGGGCCAGCAAGGGGCGGACGAGGAGGUCAUCCCUGUGACCCAGGAAACAGUGGUCCUCCCACUGCCCAUUAGAGAUGCUCCUGCCUCUCAGGAAAGGGAUGCCCCUCAGGAUGGAAGCACCAUCAAGACGGCCAAAUCCAUCGAAACCAGAAAGAGCAGGUCGCCCAGUGAGAAUGGCUCUGUCAUCAGCAACGAAUCAGGGAAGCCCAGCUCAGGGAGGCGCUCACCCCAGAAUGUAAUGGCACAGCAGAAAGUGACAAAGGAGGAGGCACGGAAGAGAAAUGUGCCGGCGAGUGAUGAAGAGGAGGGAGCAGUCCUCUUUGACAGCUCUGGCAAGGCGGCUGCCGAUGCCUUUGACACGUCUUCUGGGUCUGUGCAGCUCAUCGGAAUAAAACCCACAGCCCUCCCCGUGGUGCACCCCACCUCGGACAGGAGCCAGGAGCCAGCUCUCCUCAACGGCGAGGUGAACAAAGCCCUGAAGCAGAAGUCAGACAUCGAGCACUACCGGAACAAGCUGCGCCUCAAAGCCAAGAGGAAGGGAUACUACGACGUCCCCCCGGUGGAGGCGAGCAAGGCUCAGACAGAAAGGAAGACGAUGUACGAAAAAGCCCCAAAGGAAAUCGAGCACGUUUUGGAUCCGGACCCAGAACUGUGUGCCCCAUUCCCGGAGGCUAAAAACAGGCAACAGAUGAAGAACUCUGUCUACCGGAGCCGGCAAUCUCUGAACAGCCCGAGUCCGGGGGAAACGGAGAUGGACCUUCUGGUGACUCGGGAGCGACCUCGGCGUGGAAUCCGUAACAGCGGAUACGAUACUGAGCCUGAAAUCAUAGAGGAAACCAACAUCGACCGAGUGAAUGAGCCCCGGGGCUACGCCCGGUCGAGGCAGAUGAAAGGCCACUCGGAGACCUCCACGCUGAGCUCGCAGCCGUCCAUCGAUGAGGUCCGGCAACAGAUGCACAUGCUGCUGGAGGAGGCCUUCAGCCUGGCGUCUGCGGGCCACGCGGGCCAGAGCCGGCACCCGGAGGCCUACGGCUCCGCCCAGCACCUGCCCUACUCCGAGGUGGUGACCAGCGCUCCGGGGACCAUGACGCGGCCCAGGGCUGGGGUGCAGUGGGUGCCAACCUACCGCCCAGAAAUGUACCAGUACAGUCUGCCCCGGCCGGCCUACAGGUUUUCCCAGCUUCCUGAAAUGGUCAUGGGCUCUCCCCCUCCACCUGUGCCUCCCCGGACUGGCCCGGUGGCUGUCGCUUCUCUCAGGCGGUCCACCUCCGACGUCGGCAGCAAGACCAGGAUGGCCGAGUCCGCGGGGCCCGAGCCCGCCCAGCUGCACGACAGCGCCUCCUUCGCGCAGGUGUCCCGAGGCCCCGUGUCCGUGACGCAGCUGGAUCAGUCGGCUUUAAAUUACUCAGGUAAUACGGUGCCAGCAGUGUUCGCCAUCCCUGCUGCCAACAGACCCGGCUUCACCGGCUACUUCAUCCCGACGCCUCCCUCGUCCUACAGGAACCAGGCCUGGAUGUCCUACGCAGGAGAGAAUGAGCUCCCAAGCCAGUGGGCCGAUUCGGUCCCCCUCCCGGGGUACAUCGAGGCUUACCCCCGGUCCCGAUAUCAGCAGAACUCUCCCUCCAGGCUCCCUCGCCAGUACAGCCAGCCAGCCGGCCUGCACCCCAGCUUGGAGCAAGCCCCGGUGCCCUCCACGGCAGCCUCGCAGCAGAGCCUGGCCGAGAACGACCCGUCUGACACGCCCCUGACCAACAUCUCCACGGCGGCCCUGGUGAAGGCCAUCCGGGAAGAGGUGGCCAAGCUGGCCAAGAAGCAGACGGACAUGUUUGAGUUCCAGGUCUAAUGCCUUCACCCUGUGGGACUUCCAGACUCUGAGGAAACUGUCUUGGGGUUUCUCCAGCCUGGCGUGAUGGGACUGGAGACACAGACGACGCGUGAGGCUUUCUCACCCUCAGUUUCUAAAACGGGGAACAGUGGCGCUUCUGGAGAACAGGAAACUCUUGAACAGCUGGCUGCUCAGCGUAUUCAACUGAUUGUAUGUCAACAGGUCCCUGUGGGGGACGCAUACAUCUGAUACUCUGUUAACACUAACUGUUUGAACUGCGGGUGUAUGUCCCUGUGGAGCCUUAGUCACGAGAGACACUCACUAAUCUGCAGAUUCUUGUCCAAUGCCACAUUUUAAGAAAUCACCAGAAGGGGAGAGCAUAGCUCUAUCUCUGGUGACCUCUGCAUGUUACCUCUGUUUCUGUGUUAAAGGCAAUGCAGACGUGUGAUGAAGCCCCGGACUGUACUCUCUCUCAUUCAGCCAUGACUGUAAUCAUUCCAGUCACCUCCGGUCUCCAAGAGAGACACUGUCUCCAGCCAAGAAACCUGAGUCCUUUUCUUUUAAAAAGUUCAUAUUCAAAGUCAGAUAAUUGGAUGGAAAUCAGUACUGUCCCUGACUGCACCUAUACACCGUCCUGACUCUCUCCCCCCAGUUAAUUCAACAAAGGCCAAGAAAGAGAGAAGAUGAGAGGGAAUGGUGGAUUCGUGUUGACGGGUUUUUGAAAAGGUGUUGUCAUUUUGGAAAUAGAGUAUUCUGCAAGUUGGGCUCUAGCUGGAAGAGAAUUGGUGCUAAGAGCUUUUAGGAUCCUACAAAAGAAAAACAGGUUUUCUUUGCUCUGUAAUGAAGGCGGCCUGAGACCGAAGCUUCUCUUUUUGGGAGGAUGAUAGAUACAUUGACUUUUACAAGGAAACCUCUGUCUCUUCCACAAUGAUAUCCAGCAUGUGCUGCCCAGUGAUACAAAAGGAAAUAGUCAUUGAUGCCUGUUAGAAGCAGGAAUCGUGGACCCAGUCUCCCCAGGCUGCAGCCUCUGUUUAUAGAAGCUUCUGAAUGUCGAAAAUCUGUUGAUUUACGUUUAAAUGUAAAUAACAUUUUUAAAGGUGUAUGGAGUUAGCCAGUCCCUCCCACACUCUUCCCCAUAGUUAGUAAAUAGACAUAGGAGGACAUUUGCUGAAAUGGCAGGCUUCUGACCUCAUCACCAUGCUGUUGCAAAUCAGCCUCCCUGACAUGGCGGGUCCACCGCCAGAGCUCUGGGUGGACACGGCCUCGCAGCCGUGAGGCACUAGCUGCUGACUGUCAACACAGAAGCAAGAAGCUACUGACUUCAGGUGGCCCAGGGAAGGGGACCCCCUGGUUCCCUCACCAACUUUGGGAGCUGUGCUCAAUGUCGGGGCUUACCUGGUGUCUGUUGGAGAGUGAGGUCCUGUCCUGCCUUCACCCAUGAUCCAUCUAGCUUCAGCUUGUACUCAUCUCCUCUGAGCCCAUCUUUCCAUUCUCCUCAUGAGUUUCUUUGGUCUUUAUUGAGAGAAAAAGGUGGAAAUUUCAAAAUUGAGAGAAGAGUAGGAAUGAAACUGAUAAGAGUGGGAGAGUCAAACUAUCAAAGCACAUACUUUCAAAGAAGCUGUUUUUAUUUCCUAAUGGCAAAUUGCCCUUUCUGGAACGUUCUGGAGAUGAUGUGUCAUGGAAUCCCCAAACGAGUCUCUUGUUCGGAUGAUAUUAGGUAGUGUCCUUUUGGUAUGCUGGUUGAUCUUUCAUAGUGUUAGUUUUUUGUUACUCAAAAAUAUCAGCUAUAAAUAAAAUGUAUUUUUGUAAUUUCCAUGUGUAUAUAUGGUAUAUUUCUAGCAAUGGCCAGUUGUUGUAGUCCAAAACCUAAAUCAGUUUGCAAAACACUGUGGACAGUGCAAGAUUUUAUUGACAGAUUAACACAAUGCCUAAGUCUAUCCAAAUAGGUAUUCAGUGCACUUGAAUGAACAAAGAGCCAAAGAAACUCAGCCUUUUCAUGCAAAUGGUAUGAGUCUAAUAAAGUCAGCUACAUUGUCCCGCCUUAUCAAUGAUAUUAAUAUUUCAUCAGUGCAAUGAUAUCAACCCAGUACUUUGUCUACUUGGUAAAUGCCUGGAAAUACUGUAUGUGAAAAUGAAGUUUCAAGACCUUAGUGUAAUUUAAAUAUAUGCACAUGCUUUCAAGAUAGUGUCUGUGCUUUGGAUGUCCCAGUGACUCGCAGAGGAGGAGCCCACAGUGUGCGAUGGUCCAGCUGGCCAGGAGGAUGCAGAAAAAUCAUGGUGAGCUGUGCAGAAACCCCAUGAAAUACUGUCAGUCAACAGAGAUGACUGAGAACACAGCAUGCUAAAUUAGACACUCUCUUAAAAAAGACACCGCAGGUUUAAGAGCAGUAUAUGGGAGGAAAACCUUAAGUUGAGAAGAAAUCAAUCUGUUCGUGUUGUUCCACCAAUGUGAAGACGGCUGCCAUCGUUUGAUAUUCUGUGACUAAGAUGUGGUCCCUUUUCUGAAGAGUCUUCUGAUCUCAUGGAGGUGCUGGGUGCCUGGACAGCUGACUCUGAGGAAAGGCAAGUGGUCAGAAGUGCCCUGUGGAAGUGAACUUAGAGGCUCUGCGUUGCUCAUGACCCUCCAGACAGUUGAAGAAGCCACAGAGGACCUUGGUGACCUCAGAGAAGGAAGCAAAAGUCCAGAGAAGUGGAGUGACCUGCCCGAGGCUUCCAGCCCAAGCCCACCGACUCAUCAUGACCAGGCUUGCUUUCCAUUUCACCAAGCUGCCUGCAUGCUUGUCUGUGACACGUUUCUUGAACUGUGCUAGGAAAUUUUAAAAGUAGACAAGGGUCAUAUGAGGGACUAUAUACGUUCUUGCAAAGGAAAGAAAAAGAUGAUUAGUAUGUAAAGAACUUCAGAUACAGUGUAUAGAGGACAAUGCAUUUGUGGCAUAAUAAACAUUUUUCAGAACCAGUUUCAAUGUGAGUUUUCUGCAUUCAUGAAAAGAAAUGCAUUGUGGCUUUUUCCAGAGAGUGCCAUCAAGGAAAUGGUGCUGUCCUCUGCUGUUCGGGACUUUAGGGGUGUGUUCCUCUCUCAGCACCAUGGAUCCAAACAGACAAGUGGGGAGGCCAUGGCAGCUUGUCACUGGGGGGGUAGCAGAUUCUGCGUCUGCGUUUGGGGAGGCAGUCCUGUGCUGCAGGAACAUAACAGUCUGUUGCGUGCCCUGAUGCCUACGAUCUGAGAUGCAUUGUUACCUGUGGAGUAGGAAGUUGCCUCUUUUAGGGUGUGCUGUGGACUGAAUGUGUCCCUCUCUCAACUCCUAUGCUGAAAUCCUAACCCCCAAUGUGAUGGUAUUAAAAGGUAGAGCCUUGGGAAGUGCUUAGCUCAUGAGGGGAGCCCUCAUGAAUUGGAUUAAUGCUCUUAUAAAAGGGACCCCCAGAAAGCCCUCUUCCCCUCCUUUCUGCCACAUGAAGAAAAAUAAGAAGUCGAUAGUCUGCAACCCAGAAGAGGGCUCUCACCAGGACCUGACCACACUGGCAUCCUGAUCUUGGACUUCCAUCCUCCAGAACUGUGAGAAAUAAAUUUCUGUUAUU